CACGCACAGCGACAAGCGGGCGGAGGAGGAGGGAGAGGUUGGAAGCGCCCCGCCCAGUCAGGAGGGUUACGCGUCCCUCGUGCGACCGCCAAGAUGGUGGUGGGUGCGUUCCCCAUGGCGAAGCUGCUAUACUUGGGCAUCCGGCAGAUCAGCAAGCCGCUUGCCAACCGCAUUAAGGCGGGCGCCCGCCGAAGCGAGUUCUUCAAGACCUAUGUCUGCCUCCCGCCGGCUCAGCUGUACCACUGGGUGGAGAUGCGGACCAAGAUGCGCAUUAUGGGCUUCCGGGGCACAGCCAUCAAGCCGCUGAACGAGGAGGCGGCCGCCGAGCUGGGCGCCGAACUCCUGGGCGAGGCCACCAUCUUCAUCGUGGGCGGCGCCUGCAUGGUGCUGGAGUACUCGCGCCACCAGGCGCAGCAGCGCCGCAAGGAGGAGGAGCAGCGCGCCGCCUGGAUCGAGAUGCAGGACGAGGUGGGCCGCCUGGCGCUGGCGCUCGAGGCGCUGCAGGCGCAGGUGCAGGCGCAGGAGGCGCCGAGAGCCCUGGAGGAGCUGCGGGCGCAGAUGGAAGAGGUGCGCGCUGAACUCUACACCCGGGACGCGGAGGCGCGGUCCAAGUCCACGCCCAAGGCAGCGUCCACGCCCGAGAAAUAGGAAGCUGCUGAAGCCUGAACUCGGAUGUGGCCAUGUGCGCCCUAAUGUGCUGGCCCAGCGGAAGCCACUGAGAUUUUGAUGAACUUGGCUGUUGGUCACCCCCUGCUGACCAGUGGUAGUACCCUGCACUGGGACUGUGAAGCGUUCCAACAUAGCCCCUACCUUACCUCAUUGGUACAGCCCUCAGUGCCCCCCCAUCCCAAACCUCACGGGCCUUCUAGGUCCCAGCCCCAGGACGACAUGCUCACUCUUCUGGCAGAAGGAAAACAUGGAACCUGGACCUCAGCUGAAUCAGCCUGUCAAGCUCCCCAUUUGCCUGAUCAGUGCUACCUUCCCUGGGACACUCGGCCAUUACACUGAACACCCCCUUCUUUUGAUCAGUUGGUACAGACCGUUGUAAGGAAUGCAGUGUCUUUCCCUGGACUUCUGUCCCCCUUAUCUUAAGAGGGGGGAAAGGAUCCUGGCUUGCAAUUGAUCCACUGAAUAUCUUUCCUUAACCUGAUCUGUGAGACCUUCUCCUGAGUCCUCAAGUGGAAUAUUCCAACAGAGCCCCCUCCUCCUUCAGUCUGUGGCACCACCCACUGGAAUGGCUGGUCUUCUCAGGCAGUGCCCUCCCAACCCCCUUGAUGUGGUGGGCUUUGAUUUUGCCCAGGGCUAAUCAACUUGCCUUUCAGCCUCAGCUUCCUGUUACCUGUCGUCAGAGUCCCUGGGGCUUUCCUGGCUGUCCUUUCCUACCUUCCCCAGGGGCCUCUCUCAGGCAACCCCGGCCAUGGAUUAGAUGAUCACAUCCCCCAUGUUUCCUUUAAAUCUGAUCUGUGGGCUCCUGCUCCCCUCCCCUGGGGCUCCGGACUGGUCCAGCAGUCCCUCUUCAUGCACUGGUACCUCCUGCCUCCUUAGCCCCAAGUGCCACCUCCAUCUCCCUGGUGUGGGCCCCUAGUUGGUUUUACCUUCUUUAGUCGUUUCCUAGGGCUGCCUAACAAAUUACCACAAACUUGGUGGCUUAGGACAACCAGAAUUUAUUCUCCCCCAGUCCUAGAGGCCGCAGAUCCAGUCAGCUGUCAGCACUGCCUCCGAAGGCUCUAGUGGGGGAUCCUUGUCUCUUCCAGCUUCUGGUGUCUCCAGGCUCCUUGGCUUGCAGCUGCAUUCUCUCCAGUCUCCACCUCCAUCCUCACGUGGCCUUCUCUUCUGUCUCUUAUAAAGACACCUGGCCAUUGGACUUAGGGCACCCUAACUCUAGGAAAGACCGUUUUCCCAAAUAAGCUCACAUUCACAAGUUCCAUCACCUCGCUCCACCUCCCCACCCCAAGAGCAUGCUGGGACUCCUGCCAACCCCAUGGGGCAUUUGACCUUCCCCACAUGAGAGAGGAACAGUCCAAGGAGAGCUCCUAUUUUUCAGACUGUAGGUGUUUCCUAAUUAAAGGACUGUUUGAGAACCAUUAUAUGGAUCUCCAAAAUGGGUACAAAGCUCAUUAAAAUUAGGAGAGAAGCUCAGAGAUCUGAUGGGGGUGAGUCUAGAGCAGGGGUGGGCAAACUUUUUGACUCGAGGGCCACAAUGGGUUCUUAAACUGGACCGGAGGGCCGGAACAAAAGCAUGGAUGGAGUGUUUGUGUGAAC